UCAUGACGUUUAUGAUCCAAAACUGUGACCACAUUUAUUUUAUUUCCAGUCUUGAUCCCCCAUAGAAGCCUCCUGGAAUCACUAUAUAUACACUUCGUUAUAUGCAAGGCCCUAUCCACAGCUGCUGCUUAUCCCUUCUCUUCCUGCUCUGCGCUGAGCAUUUAUCCUAGCUCUAGAGCAUCUUACAGGUCAUUGUUGAAGUUCUGCUUCAUUGCUUAGAGAGAACUGGAGGAUGGCUUCAGAUAAGAGUGAGAAUUGCCUUGCCUGGGCUGCAAAAGAUGAAUCAGGAGUUCUGUCCCCGUAUGAAUUUAAAAGAAGGGAUGUUGGGAAAGAUGACAUUUCAGUAAAAAUAACACACUGUGGAAUUUGCUAUGCAGAUGUUCUCUAUACCAGGAACAAAUUCAAAAAGUCAUUAUACCCAGUUGUGCCAGGUCAUGAGAUAGUUGGAACUGUUCAAGAGGUUGGAUCUGAUGUUCAACGCUUCAAAAUGGGCGACCAUGUCGGAGUGGGAACAUUUAUCAAUUCAUGCAGGGAUUGUGAGUAUUGUAACGAUGGGCUCGAAGUGCAUUGUGCAAAUGGAGUUAUUACCACCUUUAACAGUGUUGAUGUCGAUGGCACCAUCACAAAAGGAGGGUACUCCAGUUUUAUUGUUGUUCACGAAAGAUACUGCCACAGAAUACCUGACGGUUAUCCACUAGCUUUAGCAGCACCAUUGCUGUGCGCUGGCAUAACAGUCUACACUCCCAUGAUUCGUCACAAGAUGAACCAACCUGGAAAAUCCCUCGGGGUGAUUGGACUAGGCGGCCUUGGUCACAUGGCUGUGAAGUUUGGGAAGGCUUUUGGAAUGAAUGUCACAGUUUUCAGCACAAGCAUAUCGAAAAAAGAGGAAGCCUUGAAUCUGCUUGGAGCAGACAACUUUGUAGUCUCGUCGGACACGGAGCAAAUGAAGGCUCUGGAUAAAUCCCUGGACUUCAUUAUUGACACAGCAUCAGGUGAACAUCCAUUUGAUCCAUACAUUACAACUCUGAAGACCGCUGGAGUCCUGGUCCUCGUGGGCGCUCCAAGUGAAAUGAAGCUCACUCCUCUGAAGCUGCUUGUUGGUAUGAUAUCCAUUUCUGGAAGUGCAACAGGAGGCACAAAACAUACACAGGAAAUGCUGGACUUUUGUGGUACUCACAAAAUCUACCCCAAAGUAGAAGUCAUACCAAUUCAGUCUGUGAAUGAAGCACUUGAGAGGUUGAUAAAGAAUGAUGUGAAAUACCGAUUUGUGAUUGACAUUGAAAACUCCCUCAAGUGAUAUAUAGUAUCCAUAAAGGAUGUCAGGCGAUCUUCUAGUCCUCCGAAAUGGAACACCAAGUCAUCUAUUUUGUAUCAUACAGUUUCGUUUGGCAAUGAACUGAGAAUAAGAUAAAGUAUUAGCAUCUACUUUCCUAUCCUAAAAAGCUAAAACAGCCUCUGAAAUGCAUGGUUCUUAAGGUUUUGUAAACCUAUUAAGUAUUACUUUCAGAGAGAAUAAACUUGUGAAUUUAUACUUCA